CCUUUUCACCCCUCCUGAUUCCUCAUCACAAUACUUAAAAAAAAUAUACAUAUCUUCAAUCUCCUCAAUUGCCUUCUUCCCUGAAAUCACUAUCCUCGUCCAAUCCACCAUCAGCCCUCCCUAACAAUGUCUACGUAAGCCCAUACUUACCUCCCCUUCCCCACCAUGCAUAUACCCCUCCAUCCCGCAGUCAACUAACAUGAUUACCAAAAGAAACAUCACCUUCCACGCCAGCGCCUUGACGCGCAGCGAACGCAGCGAACUCCGCAACCAACGCGGCCUCACAAUUUGGCUCACCGGUCUCUCCGCCUCGGGCAAAUCUACCAUUGCCGUCGAGCUCGAGCGCCAGCUCAUCCGAGACCGGGGAGUCCACGCCUACCGUCUCGACGGUGACAACAUCCGCUUCGGACUCUGCAAGGACCUCGGCUUCAGCGAGAAGGACCGCAACGAGAACAUCCGUCGGAUUGGGGAGGUCGCCAAGCUCUUCGCCGACAGCGCCACCAUCGCCAUCACCUCGUUCAUCUCGCCCUAUAUCGCGGACCGUCAAAUCGCGCGCGACCUGCACGAAGUCCCCACUCCAGGCGAGGAGACCGGUUUGCCCUUCAUUGAGGUCUUUGUUGAUGUUCCCGUUGAGGUUGCCGAGAAGCGUGAUCCCAAGGGUCUCUAUAAGAAGGCCAGGACGGGUGAGAUCAAGAAUUUCACUGGCAUUAGUGCGCCUUAUGAGAAGCCUCUCAAUCCUGAGAUACAUAUCGAGAAUUAUGAUUUGCCGGUUGAGGAUGCCGUGAAGCAAAUUGUGGAUUAUUUGGAUGCCCAGGGUUACUUGCCUCCUAAGAAGGAGUAGGUCUUCUCUUGUGUAUCUCUUUUUUCGUUUGCAUGUGGGUUUGUUCUUGUGGAUAUUUGCGAACUAGAUCUGUUAAAUCGGUGAUCUAUAUAUAGAAUUUUACUCCUUUUCGGGGUCUUCGAUUGUGUUUCAUUCAAGUUAUUCAAGAGUAUGAUGCGAAGCAAGUAAGCAAAGUAUAUACGCUACAAAACAAGGUAUCAAGUGUACCGUACCCAGACAGAUAUCCACAGGAUCAUUGCCCUCUAAUUGAGCUCGAAC